GCAACACCAUCAGAGUAAAUAUAAAAUCGAUGGCCAGCGAAAUAUUGCCUUUCAUCUCAGAUUAAUCUACGUGUGAAAAUAUGUUCCAUCAACUUAAAUUGAAUUUUCUGUUGGUACUUUCUAUGAGUUACUGUUUGGAGUCUUAUGCGGCGUCAGACAUCUGUACUGUAUGUGACUGCGAAUGGUCUCAGACAUAUAUAUAUUGUUCAUCUCGGGGACUGACUUCUGUCCCACAACCUAUUCCACCGAAUGUUGAAUAUCUGGAUUUGAGUCAUAAUGACCUCACUGAAAUCAAACCAGAAAUAUUCCAAAAUAUGUCGAAAUUAACGAAUCUGAAUUUGGGGGAUAAUAAUAUCACAGAAAUCAAUGUAGAAACCUUCCGACAUCUGUCCAGUUUAACAAAAUUGUAUUUGUACGGGAAUGAUAUCAAGCGAAUCGAAACAGAAACCUUCCGAAAUCUUUCCAGUUUAACAUAUCUAGAGUUGUUUGAAAAUCAAAUCACUGAAUUAGAAGUUGGAUCUUUUCAAGAUCUUCCCAGUUUAAAGACUCUACAUUUGUUUGAAAAUCAAAUCAGUGAAUUAGAAGUUGGAUCUUUUCAAAAUCUUCCCAGUUUAGAGACUCUGAAAUUGCACGAAAAUAAUAUUAUGAAAAUCAAAGCAGGAACCUUCCGACAUCUUUCCAGUUUAACAACUCUAAAUUUGUAUGAUAAUGACAUCACUGAAUUAGAAGCUGGAUCUUUUCAAGAUCUUCCCAGUUUAAAGUAUCUGAAUUUGCACGGAAGUAAAAUUGAGAAAAUCAAAUCAGGAACCUUCCAAAAUCUUUCCAGUUUAAGGACUCUAGAGCUGAAUGAAAAUAACAUCACUGAAUUAGAAGCUGGAUCUUUUCAAAAUCUUCCCAAUUUAACGAUUCUGAAUUUGUACGAAAAUAAAAUUAAGAGUAUCAAAGCAAGGACCUUCCUCAAUCUAUCCAGCUUAAAAUAUAUAGAGUUGUAUAACAAUCAUAUCACUGAUUUAGAUGUUGGAUCUUUUCAAAAUCUCCCCGGUUUAAAGACUCUGGAGUUACAUAAUAAUAACAUUACGAAAAUCCAAGCAGGAACCUUCCUAAAUCUUUCCAGUUUAACAAUUAUAAAUUUGUAUGAAAAUCAAAUCACUGAAUUAGAAGCUGGAUCUUUUCAAGAUCUUCCCAAUUUAGAGACUCUGAAGUUGUACCAAAAUAAUAUAACGAAUAUCAAAGCAGGAACCUUCCGAAAUCUUUCCAGUUUAGCAACUCUAGAGUUGUUUAAUAAUAACAUCACCGAAAUUGAAGUUGGAUCUUUUCGAAAUCUUCCCAGUUUAAAGACUCUGCAAUUGCAGCAAAAUCACGUUAAGAAAAUCAAAGCAGGAACCUUCCGAAAUCUUUCCAGUUUAGCAACUCUAGAGUUGUUUAAUAAUGACAUCACUGAACUUGAAGUUGGAUCUUUUCAAAAUCUUCCCAGUUUAAAGACUCUGACGUUGUACCAAAAUAAUAUAACGAAUAUCAAAGCAGGAACCUUCAGAAAUCUUUCCAGUUUAGCAACUCUAGAGUUGUAUCAAAAUGAUAUCAAGGAAUUAGAAGUUGGAUCUUUUCAAAAUCUUCCCAGUUUGAAGACUCUGCAAUUGCAGCAAAAUAAUAUAACGAAUAUCAAAGCAGGAACCUUCAGAAAUCUUUCCAGUUUAACAACUCUAGAGUUGUUUAAUAAUGACAUCACUGAACUUGAAGUUGGAUCUUUUCAAAAUCUUCCCAGUUUAAAGACUCUGAUGUUGUACGAAAAUGAUAUAACGAAUAUCGACGCUGGAACCUUCCGAAAUCUUUCCAGUUUAACAACUCUGUAAGUUGAAUCAACCUCCUUUUAUAGUAUUUCUUUG